AUGACGGUGGGUAGUGGAGGUUGUCUAUGUAAGAAAAAUCACCGCCACCCACGAGGCCGAGCAGGAGAGCUAACACAACCAGACAGGUACACUCCUCGCUUCUACAACAUAACGACAAAGAAAAAGGCUACAAGAACAACCCAGAGAGCACUGGUAACUCUAACUAAUAUUGGUCUAUUAGCUUUUGCCGUUGGGCCAAGGGGUAGCCCAGAAACUUACAAGGCUGAGGGAGAGCAGAGCACACAUGGUGCCAAAAAGAGAAUAAUUGGACCACAGCCACAAAUGCAGAUGCCUCCUCCACGCAUAGGUAUUCUUUUGGGCAGCAGAAUCAUACCUUUUGCUAGCCUGGACGAGGGAGGUGCGAGAGCUCCCAUUUUGAUCUUUAUGGACAGGCUCUCGUCAGCCAUCAUUGGAGGAGGAACCUCAUUGAUGGAAAUGGGCCCCCAGCCCUGCAACAUGAAGGUAACAACUUGUUUAGUAAGAGGAGAGGACGAUGUCGGAUUUGUGGUUGGCACAAACAUUUUGUCGGCAAGUACAACAAAAGGUAUGAACCGUCUAGACAAGACCAAUCACAACACACCAAACUUAAGCAACCUCAAUCUCAUAGACGAUUAUAAAGGUUUAAAUAAGUUGAUUGUUAGGAAUGGUUUUCGCAAUGCCAAGCAUGAAAUUAUAUCAGGGGCUCGAACCUUUAGUACAGAUCGAGUCGUUAAUAUUUCGGGCCAAGACAUUUUGUCUAGACCUGGCCCAAAUAAUUUUCACCCAAAAGGAAUGAAGCAAACUACAGUUGACAUAACAAGGCCUAACAAAGGGUUUAAGGGUCCAAGAAGAGUCCAGCUCAACAAUCCAUAA